AUGGCGUCGCGAUUGUAUCGCGGCCUGAAAUGGCUCUACAACACCUUUAAAAUGGGCUACUUCGCGCCGCUGCUCAUCCUCAUUUCCUAUACAUUAUUGGGCGCCAUCAUCUUCAAGGCGCUUGAGCACGACGAGGACCAGAGACGACGCAAUUUCUACCGGAAUGAAUCCGAAUAUGCGGUUAAUCAGGUGCUCGACCGUAUGCUGGAGGUACGGUGCCACGAUGGGCUUCUGAAACAGCUGAAUCGUGUCGAGCAGAUCCGACACGCCCAGGAUGCCCUGUUCUGGUUCCUCGAUCAUCUCAAUUUAACGGCGGUCAUCGAGGAGCGAUCCGACGCGUCGCCGUGGACGUGGUGGGGCAGUAUGUUCUACGCGGGCCAACUUUAUACGACUAUUGGCUACGGGUUUCCGAUUGUGAAGACGGUGCCCGGGCAGGUUGUGAGCAUUUUCUACAUUAUGAUUGGGAUCCCAAUUUUCCUGAUCAUCCUAAAGGACGUUGGGCGGUUGAUGUCGAGGGGGCCUCCGCAAAUUCUACAAGCGCCUGAAAAACUCGCGGAUUGCCGAGACGACGGAGCAGAUACGCAGAUUCUCACAGUCGUCCAAGGUCCCGGAAUUUCUCAAUUUCAGCAAACCCUAAAAAUCGAUCUGGGCACGGAAAGUGAAGCGCUGGCCACGGAGGAGAAAGAGCAGCGAAUACUUGCCCUAAAUGGACGUUCAAAAAUUGAGAAAGCCGAGCUCGACCCGGUCAAACAAAAUAGACUAAAUCAACGUGCGGAAAUGAGCUUCCCGAUUCCAAUCGCGCUCGCCAUUCUGUCGAUGUGGAUUUUGUUUAGCGCGGCCCUGUUUUGCAUCUGGGAAACGGAGUGGGGCUACCUCACCAGCGUCUACUUUUUCUUCGUAUCGAUCAGCACGGUCGGCCUGGGCGAUAUCUACCCCUCGAAACCCGACAUGAUGAUCUUCAAUUUUAUUCUGAUUCUCGUUGGACUGGCGCUGUUGUCAAUGUGUUUCAAUCUCAUACAGUUGACGGUAGAGCGAUUUUUGGACCGCCUCAUCGACGAAUACAUUGAAGAAAUUGAAAAAAUGGCCGACAUUGUGCAUCAGGAUGAUCCGGCCACCGAGCACGCAAUGCCCUUCGAAUUCAAGAUGACCACUGGCAAUCUUCUGCAGGUCCCGUUCCGGAAAGUCGCCGAGCCGCAAGGGCUGUUCAGCGAGGUGAAAAGCUUUGUUGCGGAGAAAAUUGCGGAAAACCUGAUAGCGUCGAGGUUGGGGGAUGAGGAUAGUGACUCGGAAAGGGAUAAGGAAGAAGCGGAAGAAGAAGAAGUCGCUGACUACAAAGGACAAGCUGAUGACGGCAUGGCAGACGAUGUAGAGAAAACCGGCAGCGCGGCGGCAUCGCGGAAGGGCAGCGUCACCGGCCAACUUUUCCACUCGCCACGCCGGGUGCAGAAACAUGCAAAACGGCCGGUGCUGAGGACCAUACAAACACUGGAGAAGAUUCGCCCGCAUCGCGGCGACUUUAGAUCGGUGGUCUUUUCGAAGUUUGUGGCCUCGGACAGGCUUGCUAGGCUGAUGGAGGACCCGGCGAGAACGCAAUCCGACAAGAAGAAGACGGUCUCGAUCUCGUGCCAAACCGAGCCCGAGCCGAAAAUGCGGCGGUUGUGCGGCCGGAAAUCCAGAGAUUCCAUCUCCACGGUGAACACGUGCGAUUCCAUAAUUUCGACGACCCCAUACAAAGAUAUCUACUUUGACUACACGACGGAUAUCUCGGCCAACGAGGCGGCGCUAAACAACAAGUCGACGUUGAGCAUUUUGCGGAUCGAUGACGAGGAGCCGAUAUUACAGUCAGCCUUGAUGCGAUUACGGUCGCCGCCAAAAAUCCGACUGCCAGCCGGGUUGCCAUCUGGAUCGAGGAGAUUCCAUCGGCCUCUUCGACCCACCCCCUCUUCACCUGGCUGCAUGGAGACGGACAAUUCUAUGAGAGAUUCCGGCGGUCCCUCACCCCUGCACGACACGAGAAGUCUGCCAUCAAGCGAAUUCACACGGCUUCAGAACCUCUGCGGAUUAUUGCCGAACGAUUUUACGAGACAAAAACGACGUGUGUCCCUCGAUAGCCCAUCUCAUGGCUACCGCUCCAAUUCCUCGAUUGAUGAUUCAAUGUUUGAAAAGGCUAAGGAGCCCUCAAAUGUACAAUUCCAU